AUGCGUUUCUCAUCUUCUGUUGCUGGAGUCCUCUCUCUCCUCUGCUCACAAGCAGUAGCUUUUUCGCUAAGAGGCAGAGAUCUUGAGUCUUUUAUCGCUGCUGAGAGGGCCAUUGCUCUUCAAGGUGUUCUGAACAACAUCGGUCCAGAUGGAUCGCAGGUCGCUGGAGCUGGCAAUUACAUUAUUGCGAGUCCUUCUAAGGAAGACCCAGAUUACUUCUUCACAUGGACUCGAGAUGCUGCUCUGACCAUGCAAAUGAUUGUGGAUGAAUUCAUCUUUGGGAACACUGCCCUGGAAAAAUACAUUGACGAGUACAUCAAGGCUCAAGCCAUACUCCAGACUGUCAGCAACCCAUCAGGAUCUCUCCUCCCAAGUGGUCUCGGCCUUGGUGAGCCAAAAUACCUGGCAAAUGGUCAGCGUUUCAACGGAGCCUGGGGACGUCCUCAACGGGAUGGUCCAGCACUUCGUGCAAUUGCCUUGAUGACCUACAGUGAUUGGUUACUCAGAAACGGUCAAUCCGCAAAAGCUAGAAACAUUGUCUGGCCAGUGAUUUCCAAUGAUCUCUCAUACGUAGGCCAGUACUGGAACCAAACUGGAUUUGAUCUUUGGGAAGAAGUUCAAGGAUCCAGUUUCUUCACCGUUCAGAAUCAACACAGAUCUCUCGUUCAAGGUACCAAGCUUGCUAGGGACCUCAGAGUUACCUGCACUGGAUGUGACCAAGCACCACAAGUAUUGUGCUUCCUUCAAAGCUUCUGGAAUGGCAAAUACAUUGUUUCAAACACCAACACCAAUAUCGCCCGUACUGGUCUUGACGGAAAUUCCAUCCUUGGUCCAAUCUCCGUCUUCGAUAUCGAUGCGUACUGCGACAGUUUAACAUUCCAACCUUGUAACUCAAAGUCAUUGGCCAACUUCAAGGCAGUGGUCGAUAGCUUCAGAACAGCCUACUCCAUCAACGCUGGUAUCCCAAAGAACCAAGGUGUAGCAGUUGGACGUUACACUGAAGAUGUCUAUUACAACGGAAAUCCAUGGUAUCUCAUCACUACUGCCGCCGCCGAGUUCCUCUAUGAUGCCGUUGCUCAAUGGCGUGCUAGACACGUUCUCUACGUCGACGAGACCUCCCUCGCAUUCUUCAAAGACCUCUACCCAGACGUCGUAGUCCGCCAAUACAACAGCGGAAACUACAACAGUCCAUUCGAGCAAAUCAUGCGCGCCGUCCUCGCCUACGCCGACUCCUUUGUCGCCGUCGCUGAAAAAUACACACCCGCCUCCGGGGCCCUCGCCGAACAAUUCAACCGUGACACCGGCGUCCCUCUCUCAGCCAGAGACCUCACCUGGUCUUACGCCGCCUUCGUAACCAUGGCAGAGCGUCGCGCCGGUCAGUACCCUCGCUCUUGGAACACCCGUCAAGCAGCCGCACCACCAGCAACCUGCUCUGCCUCCUCAACCCCAGGCGUCUACGCUCCUGCCACCGCAGCAGGCGCGCCAAAUGUCACCAUCGCCUGCCAGAUCAACGUCAUCUUCAACGUCAACGCCUCGACCUACUUUGGCGAAAACGUCUACAUCGUCGGUAACACCACCGAGCUCGGCGAGUGGAAUGCUGAUGUCCUGAACACGGCGCUGGCGCUCAGUGCGGGUGGUUACUCGGCGGAGAGACCGCUGUGGAGUGUCAAUACUUUCUUGCCGGCUGGUGAGAGCAUCAGUUAUAAGUAUGCGCGACAGGAGAAUUGUGGACAGCCGUAUCUUUACGAGACGCAGAAUCGCACGCUGACGAUUCCGCCGUGUGGAGGGGCGGCUAUUACGGUUGAGGAUGCGUGGACGGGACCGGUUGGGACGUCGGGGGGUUGUUGA